AUGUCUCAACAACAAGAUUACAAAGUCGAACUCUCCUUCUCCUGCCAUUGUGGAUUCAUGAAAUGCAAAACCAAGCAAAAAUCUUUGAAACCAGUCUCUUCGGACUCUCCUUUGGAAUUAACUGUCCUUGAUUGUAAUUGUUCAAUGUGUAGAAGAAAAGGAUUUCUUCAUCAUAUUGUGAGCGAGAAAAACUUUCAAUCUCCGAAUGAACUUUCACAACUCCAUUCUUAUUCAUUUCAGACACAUGUGGCCAAACACUACUUUUGUCCUGUGUGUGGAAUUUGUACCUUCUACAAACCACGAUCAAAUCCCGAUGGAUGGUCUGUGAAUUUUAGAUGUAUUGAUGAUGAGAGUGCAAAACUGGUGAAACAUGUCGUUGAAUUAUUUGAUGGUCAAAAUUGGGAAGAGAAUGGACAAAAAAUCAAACACUUGUCAGAGUAA